ACGACAGAAGCAACUAAGUUUUAUACGCCCCUCCUACUUUCAGGAAGUUGAGUGACACAAGAGACUUAGUCAGGUGGCUUUCCGAUGAACGUGGUUUGAGCUGAACUUUAGCUGGAACAACAUAACAGCUACUUCCUGAGUUUGCACAUCCUGGCACAGGAAAAUGAAAUGCGAUUAUUAAAUGAUUUAGUAACUUGAGAACAGCACAGAAACCUCAGUCAAUCACGUUUGAUUUGGAUUGUUCGCAAAUAUAUAUAUUUACGCAUAUGAGUACAUUUGAACGCGACUGAAAUGGUUGGUUAGUAGGCUACAGGAUAAUCUUGAUGAAUCGAUUUGCUGAUUAGGUAGCAAGGGUAAAGUCCUGUUGGGGAAAAUGCGAUUUAAAAUUCACAAGAGGAAUGCUAUAGCCGUGUUGCUUAUCGCAAUACUUACACUCACAUUCAUGUACUUAAUACGAAAGAACAAUUCCAAUGUCAUCGGGAGUAAAGACUCUGGUAAAGACGGUGUGAUUUUACCAUAUCAAAGUACCCAGAUCGCGACCAAAAGCAAGUUUCAAUACGACACAGUGUUUAACAUGAAGAGGUCAGUGUACGAUGGCAACUACCGACAGUUCAUUCAGAACUCUGACCAGUUCACAGCGGACUUCCAAGUGGUUUUAGUGGUACAGGUUCACAACAGACCUGCCUACCUGAAAUUGCUACUGGAUUCCCUAUCCAAAGCAUCGGACGUCCAAAACUUUCUUUUGAUUUUUAGCCACGAUUAUUUUUCGGAGGAAAUUAAUAGUAUGAUACAAGGGAUACGGUUCUGCAGAGUGUUGCAAAUUUACUUCCCCUACAGCGCACAGCUGUAUCCUAACGAGUUCCCCGGGCAGGACCCACGGGACUGCCCCCGAGAUAUUUCCAAAGAAGAGGCCAUGAAAAAGGGGUGCCUAAACGCAGAAUGUCCAGAUUCUUAUGGCCAUUACAGAGAGGCAUCCUUCACGCAGACUAAGCACCACUGGUGGUGGAAGCUUCAUUUUGUAUGGGAGCGGGUUCGAAUUAUGCAGGGGUACAGUGGCUAUGUCGUCUUCAUGGAGGAGGACAAUUACAUCCUACCGGAUUUCUACCACUACCUGAAAGCAACGGUGGAGCUGAAGAAACGCGAGUGCCCUACCUGUGACGUCCUAGCCUUGGGUAACCAUGAUGCCUCGGGGCGCUUUGAGGAGUUCAGCAAUAAGCUAGAGGUAACAGGGUGGCUUUCCACAAAACACAACAUUGGAAUGAGCUUCACCAAGGAAGUCUACUACAAGCUCAUGGGCUGCAAUGGCGAAUUCUGCUCUUAUGAUGACUAUAACUGGGACUGGACCCUCCAGCACCUGUCAGGUACAUGCAUCUCCACAGCACUGAAGGCCCUGGCAUCGCGUGGGUCCCGGGUGCUGCACACAGGGAAUUGCGGGCUGCACCAGAAGGGUGCGUGCCGGCCUGAAACGGCGAUGCAGCACGUGGAGGACAUGCUGCGGGUGGCGAAACCGUCCCUUUUCCCGCAGCAGCUGGCUGUGAGCCGCCUGGAAGCAGCGGAGCACAAGGCGCACGUUAAAAACGGUGGCUGGGGGGACAUCCGCGACCAUGCACUUUGCAAAAACUAUGGCAAAGUCCUGUGAAUCUUCUGUCUUGAGAGGACAAAUAUCAUUUCUAUAUCAGGGUUCCUUGGAUGUUGAUCCCGGGGGCUGGUUGACUGCCAAAGGUUGCUGGCAGUCCGGGAUUGACUAGAACACCUUAUCAGGUAACUGGAUUACCUCAAAUAAUAAAACUGGUCCCUCGCAGUACUUCAUCUUGCAAUUGUGUGUGAUCUGUCAACUCUUUUUAAUGAACCAGAUGGACCAGUUUUUGUUUACAGAAUCUACAAGGGGACUUUUAAUAUGAAGAGCCUGCAGUUGUGGCACAUUUCUCACAGACCUUUUCCUCCUUUAAAAUACUUGCUUGUAACACAGGCUCAUGCUAUUAAUCACCAAAGACAUUUCUUGUUAUUUGUUAGAUUCCUGUCUUUGCACAACUGACUUAUAUGCCUUAUGUGUGUCUGUGAAUUGGGCAGUGAUACAUCUGAUUGUAAAUCUGAUUUCAGUUGCUGCUGAGCCUGUGGGAGGGUUCUGAAUCUUAAGACUUUGACAUAUGAAAAAUGUCAAAGCAACUGAUUUCCUUAAAUGUAAAACCGGACCUUAAUGGUUUAAAAAUUUAAUUCUGCUGAAUUCUGACCAGACCUCUUGAGGUUAUGCAAUCUGUUUCAAUGUGAACUGGGACUGUACCUGCUUUAUGAUAAUCAACCUCAGUUCUGGUCAUGGAGAGUGUGGGAUCUGCUGAUUCUUUCUCCUUAAAUUUUACAGCCAGUUCAAACUCAAGAAUGCAGUUAACCCUGCAACCAGCUGCAUAACUGAUUGAUUACCUGCAUGAACCAACAAAAACCAGCACCCUCUGUGGUUUUUCAUGACUAGGACUGAGUGGAUUCUCAAGCUGGCUAGCCUUUUGUGUAAAGCUGUUUUUGUCAUAAAUACAUUCCCCAAGCAGCUGGCUAAAUUUGUGUCAGCCAAUGGUUAAAAGAGCCAAAAUUGUUUUGGUUAUUUAAAAUCAUCCAUGCAAGACAAGUCUCCUCUUCAGACAUUUUUGUACUUUUCAUUUACGAGUGCAUACGAGUGCCUCUAUUUGACAGACAAUAUUCCGCCCACUGAAUAAAGCUGGGGUUGUUUUUUAAGCCAUUUCAAAUAGAUGAAUGCAGAAUUAAAAAUAGGACUUUUUGGACAGGAGCUGUAUUGUUUGAGAUGGUGUGAACACUUGUGUUCUAGUUUGAUUUACAAAGUUCCAAUCUGCAUAAUAGAGUUAUGCAGUUGAAUAAUACCUUGGUGCUGGUAUAAAACAUAUCUUAAAUGAAGUUAGUUAUCACAGUUUAAUAAUUAAUUGCUUUAUUGCUGUGUACUCUCACAGCCAACAAAAAAUAAUCUGCAAGUUAAAGGGCAUUUACAUGUGUUUGUUUCACUUGUUCAGUUGUUCGCUAUUGGUCUGGUCACCCAAGUAUCUACAGAAUACAGAAGUAGGGACAGAUCUGAUUAAUUAUUUUUUAUUUUCAUUGUCAAUAUUCUUUCCCAUUUUUGUGGGAGAUGGAGAUAAAAAUGCAGUUCCCCCAGUUUAACUCGUGUGAGUUCACAGGAAAAGCCAAAGAAAAGGUCACGUAAGACCGUACUGUAUCUCCUCUCUGACCGUGCCAAAGUCGUUUUGUUUACACCGACCAUUUUCACAUCUGUGAUCUUCGAUUUUCUUUCUUGUUUUCGAAGAAACAAAAUGCUCUUCCAUUUGAAAUAUGAGCACUGGGGUUCACUUUAAUUGAAAAUGUAUUUUGGUGUGUAUGUGUGGCACAAAUUAGACUGUCCUGUGAUAGGAAGUGUACUCAGUAAGAGUUUUAAGGGAGUUUGAACAGGAGCAUAUAUGCCUUAAAUGAGAACACGCUUAUACAAGCGUUCCAAAGUCAAGACAUGACAGAACUUUGGAAGAGCUUUGUUUGUCUUGAUUAUUAUUAUUUUUGUAUAUAACUGUUGUUCUUCCAUAGCAAUCCAUAUAUAACUGCAUAUUGCUAUGUCUAUAUGUUUUGUCCAAUGGUUUUUACUUUUGUCCGAUGAUUUUUAACCAUGGAAAUUGUGAUUUCAAUAAUGGGGGAAAAGACUGAAUAAAACAGACUGUGGUAUCAAUGCAA